AUGGCUUGGACGCCCCAAACAUCGGACUCGUCCACGAGUCUCUGGCCGAGUGGUUUCGUCCAGGAGCCGAUCGCGGUGAUAGGCAUGGCAUGUCGGCUCCCGGGCGGCAGCGACUCGCCCCAUCAGCUUUGGGAUUUUCUCAUGAGUGGAGGUAUCCCCAGUACAGAGGUUCCAGAAUCGCGGUUUCACCACCAAGGACACUUUGAUGGCUCAGCAAAACCGCGUACGAUGCGCCCUCCUGGGGUCAUGUUUAUGGAAAAUGUCGAUCCCGCGGCAUUCGAUGCCAAGUUCUUCAACAUUUCACCCCAAGACGCCGUCUCGAUGGAUCCGCAGCAAAGGAUCCUCCUCGAAGUGGUCUACGAAGCGUUAGAAAAUACAGGCAUACCAAUGGAGACAUUAUCGGAUUACUGGGACCUAUUUGCGCGGGAUCCGGAUUCAAGGCCACCGAAAGUGGGAUUAGGGACAGCUGCAACGAUGCUAAGCAACCGAGUCAGCCAUUUUCUAAAUAUCAAAGGUCCGAGCAUGCCUGUAAACACUGCGUGCUCCAGCUCGCUAGUCGCGAUGGAUCUUGCUUGCAAGGCCCUACAUAUGGGCGAGAUCAGCGGGGCGAUUAUCGCGGCGUCCAAUCUCCUUCUCAAUCCCGAGUAUGGUUGCGAAAUCGGUUCAAUCCGGAAUACACACUCCCCUACCGGUCGCUGCCAUACAUCUGAUGCCAAAGCCGAUGGCUAUGUUCGGGCAGAAGGGAUUACUGCGUAUGGCGAUCCUAUCCGAGCAAUUAUUCGGGGCAUCGCCAAUAAUCACAACGGUCGCACAUCGGGAAUUGCUUCGCCGAGCGCCCAAGGCCAAGCCGCCGUUAACAGGCAAGCAUAUGCGAAUGCAAAUACCACGGACUAUUCUUCUACUGCUUACUUGGAGUGUCAUGGAACAGGAACUCCGGUUGACGACCUCGUCGAAGCUGAAGGGGUGUCCUCCGUGUUUGGAGGACCAUGUCAGCGACCAUUGCGCCUGGGAUCGAUCAAGAGCAAUAUUGGGCAUUCGGAGCUAGCAGCAGGACUGUCGGGGUUUAUGGAGGCCGUGAUGAUUGUCGAGACUGGCAUGAUUCCGGGGAACCCGACAUUUGUGACUCCUAACCCAAACAUUGACUUUGAGACAUUGAGAUUAUCUUUUCCAGUGAUGCCUUUCCGUCGGGUGGGCGUGAACUGCUUCGGCUUCGGAGGGUCAAAUCCGCAUGUCAUCGUGGAUGAACCCGGAACUCUCAUACAGAAUUAUAAGCCGGCUUAUACACAGUCAAGAGAUACUCAUCAGGCGGUAUAUAAGAAAAGUGGCGACUCAAGGCCGUAUUUGCUGUGCUUGUCUGCAGAUGACGAGGCGUCCCUCAGGCAUUACCUCGAUAGCAUGACAAAGCAUCUCGAUACAUAUCAUGCCAACAUCAAAAUACGUGAUCUCGCAUAUACACUAGUAUGCGACCGACUCGACCGCCAGCUUUCGCCCGUCGUGUACGAGAAAAAAAGCAUUCGUCCGCCGCGGAUUGGAUUCGUUUUCACUGGGCAGGGUGCUCAAUGGCCAGAAAUGGGCCGAGACUUAUUGGAAGCUUUUGAGCCAGCGCGGGUGGUUGUGAGAAACCUGGAUUAUGUCCUCCAGCACCUGGCAAAUCCUCCAGCGUGGUCUUUGUACGAUGAGCUCACCUCACCCCGUAGUCCGGAGCACGUCCAGCAGCCCGAGUAUGGCCAGACCAUUGUCACAGCACUUCAGAUUGUAUCGGUCGUGCUGUUUCGAGCCUGGGGCAUUGCACCAACCAGUGUUGUCGGCUAUUCGUCGGGAGAAAUUGCAGCGGCAUUUGCAGCCGGUUACUUGACCGAGGAAGAGGCAAUUAUGAUUGCAUAUCACCGGGGUCAGGUAUUCAAGGACGGCUGCCAGUUUGAUGACCCAUUGGGGAUGUUGGUAGUGGGAAUGGGGGUAGAUGAUGUCGUACCGUAUAUGGUAGGGUUGAACAAUGUUCAGAUUGCGUGCUACAACAGUCCCAAAAGCAUCACACUAUCGGGAACUGUGAGCGACCUUGCUGACAUAAAGGAGAGAGUUAGCAAGGCCGGAAUCUUCGCACGGAUGCUGCGGGUUGAUAUGGCGUAUCAUUCCACGUUCAUGAAAGACAUCGGCGAGUCUUAUGAGAGUCGUCUUGCUAAGGACCUGUCACGUAUGUCAUAUCACAAUGAAGCUCUGGAAAUGUCAAUGUUUUCUUCUGUCUCUGGAUCAAGGCAACAGAAACGCCCCGACAUUGAAUACUGGAAAAGAAACAUGGUAUGCCCUGUUCGCUUCGAUGACGCCAUGCGAUCCAUGCUGGAAUCCUCCGUUGACUACGUGGUUGAGAUUGGCCCAAGCGCGGCUUUGAAGGGGCCAAUAUGUCAGAUUUUAGAAUGCUCCAGCGAAGCACCCAGUACAAUGUACAUGUCGUCUCUCAGCCGAGGGUCUGGUUCUAUCAAUACAACAAUCGCAGUGGUCGGCCACCUCUGGUCAGCCGGUCUCCCGAUUGACCUGGCACAGGUGAACGAGGAUGCAGAGAGCCUACCACCAUUAUACUGGUCCGAAAGUACUGCAAGCCGCGACUGGCGUUUCAGACGCUUUGUCCAUCAUGACUUGCUUGGUAGCAAAGUCCUUGGAACACCAUGGCGGGCCCCAACGUUCAAAAAGGUGGAGUUUCCAAAGUCGGGGUUCCUGGCCAUGGCAAUCGAGGCCAUUUACCAGGCGACUAUGAUGGACGGAUCCUCGAUGGUGGCAGUUGAUGAGUUAUGCUACCGUCUGCGGGAUGUACGAUUUGAGAAGGCUUUAGUACUCGAUGGCAUUGAGCGAGAAGUCCAUCUGUCAUUGUUUCCUCGACGAUGUGGCGGAUGGUAUGAGUUUCUAGCUUUAUCUGUGGUCGGUGAAACCACGAUCGAGCAUGUCAGAGGACAGAUUCGCAUUCAGGAUCCUUCUACCGAGGUUGCAGCUGAGAGUGACCGCGCUCCGUUGAAAUACACGACGCCGGGCCAUCUCUGGAACAAGGCUUUGGUCGAGAUUGGAAUGAACAAUGGGCCGGCAUUCCAACGACUGCAGCAGGUUGAGGCCCGCGCCGGCAAAAGGCAUACCAUGGUUCCUGCAUUACGCGCCGGAGUUCGCACGCGCUUGCGUCAAGCAUUUAUUCCGUCAAUGUUCGAUGACUUGGUGAUUAAUCCAAACUCACACCGGGACACAGGUCUUGCAGUAGCAUCGUACGCCUGUUUCCCGAGUGCCGGUGGUGCAGACAACAAUUAUCGAAGCAAUGCCUCUGUGUACGACCCCGAUACCGGAGAAUUGCUGAUGCGGGUGCAGGGAGUGAGCCACCAGCUUAUUGAUCUAAGUGUCAAUCCGACGGCAUCGCAUUGGUUGACUCGAGAUGUAUGGAUUCCAGAUAUUGCUGCCUUGACACCAGAGGGCCUCGCAAGUCUGGCGCGGACACAGAACGAUUUGAUUUCAACCAUUCUAGAGUCGAUGGCACACAGAAAGCAAGGGUUCAAUGUCUUGGAGAUCAACGUGGGCUGGGAGAAUGGGGCGAGUAUCUGGCUUGAAAGGGAGGAGUUGUCACACAUGCACGGUCAAUGCUGCUUCAUGGGGCGAGAUGCGAAGGGAGUUGCUAAAUUACAGACGCGCUAUGAAUCCGAGACCAAUGCAUCGUUCCGGGCUCUGGACGACCACGCUAUGGGCUUCAUAGAUAAAGAAACGUUCGACCUCAUUAUCGUGCAAGGCACCUCCUUGGAAGAAAGCAGCCAUGUCAUUGAAGCCACCAAGCGGUUCCUGUCGACGGAUGGGCAUGUAUUGACUGCUUACAAAGAUCAAGUGAGCACCGAAGACUUGAAAAUGACUACUCGAUCAGGCUUUGCGAAAGCGUUGCCAUCUUGCUAUAACGGGGAUACAUGGGCUUUGCUUACUCAGGCAGUAUUUGUGAGCCCAACGCCUAAACCAUUGCAUAUCGUCUUCUUCGAAUCAAACCGCCUUGUACCUGGCCUACGCACAUUCCUCCGCGAGGCCGGUUGGGACCCAAUUGAGCACAGCUGUCCCGCACACGACGUCCCUGCGUCGAGUACAGUCCUUGUGAUCGACGAGCUGUUCGCACCAGUCUUGACACAGGUCACCCAUGGUGCCCAACAUACCGUCACCAAGCCGGAUAAUGCACUGGUUUCUGGACUGUUUCGAUCGAUCCGGUCGGAAGACCCUUCUGCUACCCUGAUGACCCUGGAUGUUGAAGCACCUGACGGUCCACAUCUACCGUCAGCGGUGGUAUAUGCCCUGUCCCAGCUCCAGCGCCCAAAGUCCCGCUGGGUCACAGAUAGUGAGUACGCCGAGAGGGAUGGGGUGGUCUAUAUCCACCGCGUGAUGCCAUAUGAGCGGCUAGAUGAGGCGACAAGAGCCAUAGAGACUGAAACACGAUGUUUGCUCGACAAUUCUCGCAACCAAGCAGAAAUGAUGGACAAUGUGAGAUACCCGUCCGAUGUGUCUCAUAAUCUCCCAGAUGGCCACGUCGAGGUCGAGGUUUGCGCUAUUGCUUUGAGUCAAAGACAUGUGGGUUUGAUGGCCGGCGAUGCCACGAAGGAUGAUAACGUGCCUUUCGAAGGCGCCGACCUCAUCGGCAGUCGUGUGGCAUUCUUGGCAGACAGUACACCUAAGCCUCACGUUAAUAUCCCAGUAGGGCUCUUUCAUACCAUCCCAGACGUCAUAUCCUUCGAGGAAGCUGCCAGCAUACCUGUUGCGUUUUGCACAGCAUACUAUACUCUAUUCGAGAUUGGCAACUUACGAAAGGGACAAACGGUCUUGAUCCAUAAUGCUAUCAGCGACGUGGGUGGUGCUUGUGUGCAGAUCUGUCAAUAUGCUCAAGCUGAAGUGUUUAUUACAACAGGUACAGAUGAGGAAAGGGCAUCUUUACAAGAUCAGUAUGACAUUCCAGAUGAUCGGAUCUUUUCUUUGCAGCCAAAUAACUUCGUCUCGCAUAUUAUGGCGAAAACGGAAAAUCGAGGCAUCGACUUGAUUGUCAGCUCACUGACAGGAGAUCUACUCGAUGCGUCAUGGAGGAUGUGCGCAGAUGGUGGUACCAUGGUACAGAUUGGAAAGCCGAGUGAUCAAGGGUCCUUGUCAAUAGCUCCCUUUGCUCGGGGAUGUUCCUACCGUAUAGUUGAUCUUUGUCAUCCAAUAGUUCUACCCCUGGAGAUCCUUUCAAAAGUUAUGAAACGUGUUUUUGGCCUUGCCCAGGAGGGACUUCUUCACACAAUAACUCCGACCGUCUCCUUCUCAAUGACUCAGAUCGAGGAGGCAGUCGCGUACUUGCGGAGUGACCACUGCUCGGGUAAGAUGGCCUUGACACGCAGUGCACAAUGCAUUACCAACGAACCUACCCAUCAACACCACCCCACCAUCGGAGAUAACGCGGCCUAUCUAAUUAUCGGAGGUCUGAAAGGCGUCUGCGGCAGCAUAGCCACCCAUCUGGCCUGGCGCGGUGUCCGUCAUAUCGUAGUGAUGUCUCGCAGCGGCAUCAACGAUGCGCGCUCCCAAGCUACCAUCACACAAUGCCAGUCACUAGGAUGCAAAUUCUACGAUAGCCAAGGAGACGUAACCCGAAUCAUCGACGUCCACCGCGCCUUUAACAAAGCCCCGGUGCCCAUCGGGGCCAUCAUCCACGGGGCCAUGCUGCUGCGCGACCGACCAUACGAGACCAUGACAGUGGAUGAAUUCCACGACGCCGUCGGAAGCAAAGUCCACGGAGCUUGGAACCUACACAACGCAGCAAUGGAGAGGCAUCUCCACCUCGACUUCUUCAUCUGCCUCUCCAGUAUUUCCAGCAUCGUGGGCAGCAAAGGUCAAGCCAACUACGCCGCAGCCAACAGCUUCCUCGACUCGUUCAGUGAAUACCGUCGCCAGCUCGGCCAACGCUGUAUGACGGUCUCGCUAGGGGUGAUGGAAGACAUCGGCGUGAUAGCAGAAUCGGAAUCUCUCUCUCAGCGUCAUUCAGGCUCAAAAGAAACCAUCAGCAUCCCGGAGAGCGCAUUGCACGAUAUAAUCGACUACGCACUGCACCAUUCCCACCUAGGCCCAGACUCAAUGUCCCACCUCAUCACAGGUUUAAGGGUCCCACAAAACCCAACACACUCAGACCUCCGCUUCGACCCACGCUUCGCCGGCCUCUUCCACUCCCAUAACUCACCAAACUCAGAAGUCGACCUCCCCAAGCCAGACCCCCUAACAACAGCCCUGCAAAAAUCCAAACACCUUACAACAAGCCCCACCACAACCCAAGGCUUGCUAGAGACCUGCCUAGAUAUUCUCACCCUCCACCUCGCGCAAAUCCUCCGAUGGAAUAACCAACCAGUCAUCGAACCGGGCCAACCACUAUCAGUCUACGGCCUGGACUCGCUAGCGGCAGUCGAAUUGCGUAAUUGGAUUAAGGCGAGGAUGGAAGCGAGUGUUAGGAAGAGAGAUAUUAUCGAGGCAGAUAGUUUGAUUGCAUUGGGGGAAAGGGUGUUGUCGGUGGUGAUGGGUUCUUGUUCUGGGGAAUAG